CUGUGACCCGCGUGGGCUGGAGCGAUAUGACCACUUGACCCAUCCUCCUACAGUCGUCUGCCUACUGCAGCCGUGCGUGAAGAAAGUGCCAUAAUCCAGUAAGAAAGUGAUCCAGAGCCAGGAAAUGAAAGUGCCAUAUUUGACAAAAUGUUGCAGAAGAUACCCACUGAAAUUUGGAAGCAAAGUAUUUGCAUGGUACAGUAUGGUUUCAUCUUGUUUUGGCAUUAUCAACGGAUUUUAUGACUUGGCUGAUGUAUCUUACAGUGACUACCCUGAAGUUGCUGCAGACUUAGCUAAACUGAAAAUAAUAUUUUGCCUGUUGGAUGCAAUGUUUAGCACAUUUCUUCUCAUGGGGCUUUAUAUGGAAAGGCCACACUACUUCCUGUCAUGGAUAAUAGCCAAGUCUGUAUUACUUCUGUGUGAUGUGCCUCUCUACAUACUCAUGGCUUACUUCGACAAACUGGCUGAUGAAGUGGGAAUAUUCCUGUUCUGCAUGGGACUUGACAUUUAUGGAAUUCUAGUCAUUCACGGAUACUAUAUUGAAGUGACCAGUGUUGGAGAAAAAAUUGAGAAUGAAGCCUAACUCAAACUAAUCAACAACAAUACCAAAGACAUCACAGCCAAAUUAUUAUUAAAGUUAAGUUAUUUAGUACAAACUACUUUUGUCCUUAUAACCUUAAUUUAUCAACUCUACGAAGACAUAAAUAAUGGUUAUAAUAAGCAGUUAGUUAAAAGACAGCUACUCCCCAAACACCGUUUGACCCUAUGAAAACAUCUCCAUUGUAUGCUGGGCUGAGAUUGUACAAUGUGCUUCCGCCAUGCUACAAGUUAUUAAACAAAACCAAAUUU